AUGGCAUCUGAAGAACGACCCUUUCGUGUCAUUGUUGUUGGUGGCGGCGUAUCCGGACUGGCGGCCUCACAUGCAUUUCAGAAAGCCGGGAUCGAACAUGUUGUGUUGGAGCGGAGGAAUACUGUUGCACCGGCCGAAGGCGCGAGUAUUGCCGUGUACCCACAUGGGGCACGUAUCUUGCAUCAACUUGGCUGUCUGUCUACAAUCAAGCAGCAUAGUUCAACCCCAGACCGAUGGCGUGCACGGCUACCUAGUGGUAAGCUGAUUGCCAAUAACGGCGUAUUCCGGGUUAUUGAAGCAAAUCAUGGGUCCGGCUUGCUUCUUAUCGAAAGACGGCAGUUCUUGCAAGACCUGUACGAUACCCUGCCGGACAAAACGCCCAUCAAGACCUCCUCCGUCAUAGAGGAUAUCAGGCAAGACGAAGAUGGAAUAGAAGUACGACUGAGUGAUGGCUCAUUUGAGCGAGGUGACUUGGUCGUAGGAUGUGACGGAGUACACAGCUUUGUGAGACGAACUUCAUGGGAACAUGCAAAUAAGACCUCUUUGGGAUCAAUCACUGUGAAGGAGAAACUCGCCAUUCGGGCAGACUGGAAAUGUCUUGUCGUCACUACCAACCCAGUUCCAGAGUUGGGCGACCGAGACUUGACCAUCGUGCAUAACAAGAAUUAUUCGCACAUGUACACAGUGACUCCUACCCUGUGCUACUUUUUUGUCUUCUUUCACCUGGAUGAGCCUUGGACAUUCCCAAAGAGAACGCAAUACACAAGUCAGGAUGCUCAAGACAUAGCUGACAAAAUUGCUAACCAUGCCAUGUCCAACACUGUUGUAUUUGGUGAAGUCUGGAAACGUCGUAUCCGGGCCGCA